UUCUUCCUGUGAAAGACAUUAUAGAAUAUUCUUUAGAAUAUGUUUUAGAAUAUUCUUCUAUCUUUAGAAUAUGCUUUAGAAUAUUUUAGGAAUAUACUCUAGGAUAUUAUUAUUGUAUAGAAUCUUAAAGGAAUAUUCUAUCUUUGUAAUGUAUAUAUAUAUGGGCUUGACCCUCCAAUGAAAUACACACAAAAAUCAUUCUUCUCAUUACUAUUCUAUCUUUAAUUCUUACAACAUGGUAUCAGAGCAAUCUGUUCCAGUUUAGCUUAGCAGUAUUUUUCAGAAUCUCAGUUCAUGCCUCAGCCAGAACCUUAGCCCAAAAUUCAGAACCUCAGUCCAAAAUCCACAGUUUCACAUAGCAUCACCUCCACCCUAAGCAGUCACGCCUUCCGCCGCAGACCUUACACUCGAAAUCCGCAGGCCACACGCGCCGUCAGAGGACCUCGCAGACCUAAUCGCAGACCCAAUCGCCGGAGAAUCCAUCGGAACUAUUUUCCGGUGUCUUGAACGGUAUUAUCUUUCUGUGACUUUGCUUAUUAAGUAACAACGACAUUCAAGGAUAGUAUUUUGGUCGCUGUAAGUUUACUUAAUACAUAGCAUCUUAUUUCUGCAAUUAAAAAAAAAGUCAAAAAAAAAAGUCAAAAAAAAAAAUAUCAAAAAAAAAUGCCUGGUUCUGAUACAGACACUUCCACCGUACAACAUGCUCAGCCUUUGGUAGUUUCCGAAGUUAUUCCCAUUAAUUUUAAAAUUACUGAGAAUAAACUUUGUGGCUCUAACUAUCUUGAAUGGAGUAAAACUAUCAAACGUUAUUUACGAAGCAUUGAUAAAUACACCCACUUAGUUGAUGACCCGCCAAAGGAGGAGAUUGAUAGAGCUGCUAAUGCUGUCUGGCUUCGUGAUGAUUCUAGAUUAUUUAUCCAGAUUCAGAACUCCAUGGAGAAUGACGUCAUGGGGUAUGUUAGUCAUUGUGAUACUGUGAAAGAACUCUUUGAUUAUUUGGAAUUUAUGUAUUCUGGCAAAGGUAAUCUUAACCACAUCUAUGAGGUGUGCAAAGCCUUUUACAGGGCAGAAAUGAAAGAUAAGCCUCUCACAGCUUAUUUUAUGGAUUUCAAGAAAACGUAUGAAGAACUUAAUACCUUAAUGCCCUUUAGUCCUGAUAUCAAAGUGCAGCAGAAACAACGCGAACAAAUGGCAGUCAUGAGCUUUUUGGCUGGUCUUACGUCUGAUUUUGAAACAGCCAAAUCACAUAUCCUAUCUAGUGAUGUGGUCUCUUCUCUUCAAGAUGCUUUCAGUAGAGUGCUUCGCACUGACACUUCAUCCACAUCAUCAGCACCUCAGCCAAGCAAUGCUUUUGUGGGACAAGUCCCAACAUUCCCCAAUGGAGGUGAGAAGUGGCCACGCACAGGACCGAUUGGCAAAGGAGUAGUAUGCAACUACUGUAAGAAACCCGGACACUUGAUCAAAGAUUGUCGAAAGCUAAAGUUCAAAAAUCAAGGAAAUCAAGUCGCUCACAUUGCUUCCGCUACACAGCCAUCUAAUGGAUCCAUCAUUAUGUCUUCGGAGGAAUAUGCCAAAUUCCUAGGUUACCAGGAGGCUCUAAAGCAUUCAUCUACUCCUAUCUCAGCUGUAGCUAAUUCAGGUAAUCCAAACACAUGUCUUGUAUCUUCAUCCUCAAAAUGGGUUAUCGACUCAGGAGCAACAGAUCAUAUGACAGGUAAUCCUAGUCUUUUUUCCUCAUUCCACACACCUCUUCAUUCUUCUAGUGUGACUUUGGCUGACGGAUCUACGUCACCCGUUCUUGGUACGGGUACAAUUGUCCCAACACCUACCUUACCUUUGUCACCCGUCCUAAGUCUUCCAAAUUUUGCUUUCAAUUUGAUUUCGAUCAGCAAAAUCACACGUAAACUUAAUUGUUCCGUAACCUUUUUUCCUGGAUAUUGUGUAUUUCAGGAUCUGUUGACGAAUCAGGUUAUUGGUAAAGGAUAUGAGUCGGCCGGUCUCUAUCUCUUGGAUACAUCCUUACCCAAAUCAAUCUCUUGUCUUGGCAUUGGAACUGUGUUAGAGGCUCACUAUCGACUAGGUCACCCUUCUCUUCUGUUGUUAAAGAAGCUUUAUCCUCAAUUCAAUAAGGUGUCAUCUUUACAGUGUGAUUCGUGUCAAUUUGCAAAACAUCAUCGAAGUAGUCUAAGUCCUCGAGUCAAUAAACGAGCACAUGCUCCUUUUGAACUGGUUCAUUCUGAUGUUUGGGGUGCUUGCCCUGUUGUGUCCAAAUCUGGUUUUAAAUAUUUUGUUACCUUUGUUGAUGAUUAUUCUCGUAUGACUUGGAUUUAUUUCAUGAAACGUCGUUCCGAGUUAUUUUCUCAUUUUUGUGCCUUUUGUGCUGAAAUCAAAACUCAAUUUAAUGUACAUGUUCGUAUUUUAAGGGGAGACAAUGCUCAAGAGUAUUUGUCUGCCUCAUUUAAGUUGUAUAUGGCUCAACAUGGCAUAAUUCAUCAAACUUCAUGUGUAGACACACCUCCCCAAAAUGGAGUUGCUGAACGAAAGAACAGACAUCUAUUAGAAACUGCGCGGGCUCUUCUAUUCCAAAUGAAUGUGCCAAAACAUUUUUGGGCAGAUGCUGUGUCUACCGCAUGUUUUUUGAUCAAUCGAAUGCCAUCUACCGUUUUAGAUGGUAAAACUCCAUAUCAGUGCCUAUUUCUAAAUAAUGAAAAUUUUCCUAUUCCUCCUAAAGUUUUUGGUUGCACUUGUUUUGUACGAGAUGUUAAUCCCCAUUUAACAAAGUUAGAUCCCAAGUCAUUAAAGUGCAUUUUCUUAGGCUACUCUCGAGUUCAAAAGGGGUACGGAUGUUUUUCUCCAAGUACAGGUCGGUAUAUUGUUUCAAUUGAUGUCUCCUUUUAUGAAAAUACACCAUUUUCAUCAACAGACACAAAUAUCUGUAGGGAGAAUGAUGAUAUACUCAUUUACACAGUCACUAUACCCGAGUCCAAUACUUCAGCAGUUCUUCCCCAUGUUACUUUUCCUGAGCCUAGGCCUCCGAUACACUUGGGAUACACCCGUCGACACAAAGUGCAAGAUCACCCUCCACCUGUGGUUACUUCUCCUAAUACUGAUCCGAUCUCAUAUCCUGAACCGACACCUGCAUCUUCAGAUCCUGUCUCUACAUCAGAUCUUGAUCUCCCCAUCGCACUACGUAAAGGUACACGGUCUUGUACUCAUCCUAUUUCUUCAUGUGUGUCGUAUCAUCAGUUAUCAUCUGCCUCAUGUUCUUUUAUUGCUUCCAUUGAUUCUAUUUCUGUUCCCAAAUCUGUUAAAGAUGCUUUGUCUCAUCCUGAUUGGCGUCAUGCCAUGGUAGAGGAAAUGAAUGCUUUGGAUCUUAAUGGUACCUGGGAUUUGGUAGACUUGCCUACAGGGAAGAAGUCUAUAGGAUGUAAGUGGGUCUUUGCUGUAAAGGUUAACCCUGACGGAUCCGUUGCUCGAUUGAAAGCCCGAUUAGUUGCGAAGGGUUAUGCUCAAACCUAUGGCGUUGAUUAUUCUGACACAUUUUCUCCUGUUGCUAAAUUAACAUCUGUCAGAUUACUUAUUUCUCUCGCAGCAACUCAUGGUUGGCACUUACAUCAAUUGGACAUUAAGAAUGCAUUCUUGCAUGGUGAUCUUCAGGAGGAAGUUUAUAUUGAGCAACCUCCGGGGUUUGUUGCUCAGGGGGAGUAUGGGAAAGUUUGUCGACUUCGCAAGUCUCUUUAUGGUUUGAAACAGAGUCCCCGUGCAUGGUUCGGGAAAUUCAGCCAAUCAAUUGAACGAUUUGGGAUGAUAAAAGGCAAAUCAGAUCACUCUGUAUUUUACAGACAAACGAAAACAGGUAUUACAUUGCUUGUGGUGUAUGUCGAUGACAUUGUGAUUACAGGGAGUGAUAAUACAGGUAUUUUGGCCCUAAAGAAUUUUCUUCAUAGUCAAUUCCAGACGAAAGAUUUGGGCUCAUUGAAAUACUUCUUGGGAAUUGAGGUUACACGGAGUAAGAAAGGCAUAUUUCUAUCUCAACGUAAAUAUGUGCUUGACUUACUAACUGAAACAGGGAAAUUGGGGGCAAAACCAAGCAGUACUCCCAUGAUUCCCAAUGUACAACUCACUCAUGAAGGUAUGCCAUUCGAAGAUCCGGAAAGAUAUAGACGGUUGGUUGGAAAACUUAAUUAUCUCUCAGUUACCCGUCCAGAUAUUGCAUACUCAGUGAGUGUAGUAAGUCAAUACAUGUCAUCUCCGACAGUGGAUCAUUGGAAUGCUGUAGAGCAUAUAUUAUGUUACUUGAAGGGGACACCGGGACGAGGUAUUGUUUAUCAGAAUCAUAAUCACAUGAGAAUAGAAUGCUUUGCAGAUGCUGAUUGGGCUGGAUCUAAAGAUGAUAGAAGAUCCACAUCUGGCUAUUGCGUCUUUGUUGGUGGUAAUCUCGUCUCUUGGAAAAGUAAGAAGCAGAAUGUGGUUUCUCGUUCGAGUGCUGAAUCAGAAUAUCGGGUUAUGGCACAAUCGGCAUGUGAGAUAAUCUGGAUAAACCAUUUAUUGAGUGAAAUGGGAUUGAAGACACCAAUGCCUGCUAAACUCUGGUGCGAUAACCAAGCUGCUAUACACAUUGCCAACAAUCCAGUGUUUCAUGAGAGAACAAAACAUAUUGAGAUCGAUUGUCACUUUGUUCGAGAAAAGAUACAACAAGGAUUGAUCUCUACAGGACAUGUGAAGACUGGAGAGCAACUUGGAGAUUUGUUCACUAAAGCACUAAAUGGAAUUCGUGUUGGUUACUUAUGUAACAAGUUGGGCAUGAUAAAUAUUUAUGCUCCAACUUGAGGAGGAGUGUGAAAGACAUUAUAGAAUAUUCUUUAGAAUAUGUUUUAGAAUAUUCUUCUAUCUUUAGAAUAUGCUUUAGAAUAUUUUAGGAAUAUACUCUAGGAUAUUAUUAUUGUAUAGAAUCUUAAAGGAAUAUUCUAUCUUUGUAAUGUAUAUAUAUAUGGGCUUGACCCUCCAAUGAAAUACACACAAAAAUCAUUCUUCUCAUUACUAUUCUAUCUUUAAUUCUUACAACA